GUUAGCCUACAGGUGUAACAAAACCUCAACAACUCAUUGGCUGGCCAGGCUGCAAAAUUGAGAAAUAAAAAAAGAAAGACAAAAAAGAAACAAAAACAGAGCAUGAUUGCGAAUGAUCAGGCAAAAGACUAUUGAUGAUUGGAAAAAUUCCCAAUUUUCCAUGAAGAAGAGAAAGAAACCAACAUCAAAUCAACGUUAGAUACAGAGAUUGUGCACUACAAUACUAUCAUGGCGUUCUCUAAAGACAAUCUCAAAGGAUUCACUUUGGCUCUCAUUUCAAGUGGGUUUAUUGGGGCGAGCUUCAUUAUCAAGAAGAAAGGCCUCAGACGAGCUGCAGCCGCCUCCGGUGUUAGGGCUGGUGUUGGAGGGUAUGCAUAUCUGAUGGAGCCCCUGUGGUGGCUUGGGAUGAUCACCAGUGUACUGAUUUCGAACAAACUCAGAAUUUUCCACUCUAAUUACAUGUUGAAGCUUAUUGACAUCCUUUAUGCAGUGAUCAUUGGAGAAGUUGCAAACUUCGUGGCAUAUGCAUUUGCCCCAGCAGUUCUUGUCACACCUCUUGGCGCCUUGAGUAUUAUUGUCAGCGCUGUAUUGGCACACUUUAUCUUAAAUGAGAAGCUGCAUCUACUCGGAAUGUUGGGAUGUGUAAUGUGCAUUGCUGGUUCAAUCAUAAUUGUAAUACACGCGCCACAAGAGCAGCCAAUCUCGUCUGUACAAGAAAUAUGGACUAUGGCUACACAACCGCCCUUUCUUCUCUAUGUGGGGUCUGUAGUGAUUUUGGUGUUCAUUCUUAUCAUUCAUUUUGCGCCACAGAAUGGGCACACCAACGUGCUUGUAUUCACCGGGAUUUGUUCACUGAUGGGUUCUCUCUCGGUUAUGAGUGUUAAAGCCCUCGGAACUUCUCUUAAAUUGACCUUUGAGGGGAAUAACCAAUUAAUCUACCCGGAGACCUGGUUUUUUAUGCUUGUUGUGGCGACUUGUGUUAUUAUGCAAAUGAAUUACCUAAACAAGGCACUCGACACGUUCAACACAGCAAUUGUUUCCCCUAUAUACUAUGUCCUGUUUACAUCACUCACAAUACUUGCCAGUGUUAUCAUGUUUAAGGAUUGGGAGGGUCAAAAUGCUAGUAGCAUUAUUUCAGAAAUAUGUGCCUUUAUUGUAGUGCUUUCUGGGACAAUCUUGUUGCACUCGACCAAGGAUUUUGAGAGGAGUUCCUCUUUUAGAGGUAAUUAUACCCCAUUAUCCCCUACAUUAUCAAGCCGGUUAUGUAGUGGGAAUGGGGAUUUGGCUGAAAAUAAUGAACAAAACGAGCCAUGAACCUUUCAAGCCUUCGUCAAAGAAGUCAAAAGAAGCUCUAAUAAUGGAUGACUAUCCAUGAUGGAAAAUUACCUACUUUUUGAAGUGACGAGGCCAAUGUGAACAUCGAAAAGAAUACUUGAUCUUGAUUCGUGGCUCCACAAUGCAUAUAGUUUGUAUAUGCUUGUAUUCAUGAAUGUUAUGUUCAUACCAUACAUCUCAGCUUAAGUUCUUACGUGUGGUCACUCAUCAAAUUUUUGCCUUUCUUACGAGAUGGUGAUGAUGAUGAUCAUGAGACGAAGAUAUGGAAAAGAAAUUCAGGCUUGCAGCUCGAGCUUAUUAAUGUAAAGUUUAUUUAUUUAUUUAUUUAUUUUUCCUUUUCUGUUGUGGAUUUUAU